CUUCAAUAUAAGUCAAGAAGAUACCGAAUUUUGUUUUAAUUUAUUCACGAUUUCUUCGAAUAAUGAAUACAAAUUCAUUCGCAACAUUUUUCUUACAAGUAUAAAGCUUUGCCAACACCUGAAAGUACUUCCUUACUUGUUAGAUCCAUUUUCGUUGCUUUGCUAGAAUGCUAAAUGGUUAAUGACAUAAUUUUCACUGUAGGCACAAUUAACAAUAAUUAACUAUUAUUUAGUUUCCUACAAUAAAUGGAUAAUAUGGUAUAUGGUAUAUAAAUUUGUUUGUGUUAAGUGAGUUUAUGAAAAUGAAGGUGAGGCUAAGAAGAUGCGAACAGACUGACUGCUCGCCGCGUUCAACAUUGCGAUGACAUAGUUAAUAUUACAUUCGUUAUAAAUACGUUUUGCAUUGAAAUUCUUUCGAAUGUUAUUUAUUAUAAUAUAUUUUGUAAUAACGCUCCUAUUCAAGUAUUGCCUUACUUGUAUGUGUGGAGUCUUGUUUAAUUUUAUUAUACUUUUUUAGCUAAUGAAACCGCUGAGCCAACUAAACGGUCACUACGUGUUCAAACCUGGAAGAAAAUUCAGGAUAACAAGUGCGGCGUCGGUUUCAAUGCUAUUUUCAAUCGCAUACCUGGUUUUGUGGAUAGCGACAAAGCUGCCAAACUUCUCUCAGAAACCGAAGAGUUCAAGAAAGCGGAAAACAUCAAGGUUAACAUCGAUCGCGCUUUGCAUUCGGUUAAAUUGGAAACUCUGAUAGCUGGAAAAAAUUUGUAUUUACCAGGAACGCGUGACUCUAAAGCUAUAUAUUUAAAAGUUGACGUACCUGCUGACGCCACAGAUGACCAGAAGAAGGAAAUUUUAAAUGUACAAGAUGUCCAGCAACAUCGCACUGAAAUAACUUUAGAUAGCAAAGUUAAGUUGGAUAUGGUAGUCAUUGGUUCGGUGGUAGUAUCACGAGAUGGUUACCGCAUUGGACGCGGUAAAGGUUUCACCGAUGUGGAUAUUGGGUUACUUACGGAAAUUGGUUCAAUUACGCCCGACACAGUAAUCGCUACGAUGGUACAUGACCUGCAGGUUGUUGAUAGCCUGCCAAAUGAGCUAUUUCAAAAAUACGAUACUCCUGUUGACUUAAUUGUAACACCCACAGAGGUUAUACAUGUCAGCACACGGUUGCCACGUCCGACUGGCAUAUUCUGGGAAUUGCUUUCGGAGCGUCGUCUUAAGAUUGUACCUGCCCUUCAGGUGCUUAAGGAAAGCGAAGAGAAUGCCGGUAAAGUAAUUGUGCUGAAAGAAGUGGAUACCGAUAUUGAACAAAAUCAGAAUGGACGCAGUCGUCGCCGUGGUCGUCGGCGCUACGGACGUCGCAACCAACGUGGCGCUAAUUCUCAAAUCGACACUGAACAACAAGGUGCGGAAGGCGAUCAAUCAGGCGUUGUGCAAUCACAACAGACAAAACCCGUCACGGUCAAUGUAGAGUUGCUCAAGUUUGAUGAGAAGAAAGCUGCGGGUGGAAACGGUGCUACAGAAAAUGGUGACGUUGCUGCAGGCGGUGAUGCUGGCGCUGCUCGCAUCGAGUCCGUCGAUACUACCACCGUAUAGUAUGAGCUACGUGCUGUUUUGAAACGGCUGUACUUUUGGUUGGGACAUUUGGAAUCGUGCGUUCAACGAGAGAAAAUUGUUUAACAUUCAUUUACUCCUCCGUCAACACCCGCCCCUACAUAUACAUACAUACAUAUAUUUGCCUUCCCCGUUCAGUAACAUAUUAUGCAACUACGCACGUUUCUUAUUUUUUUCGAAUGUCAGCUUAGUUUUUUUUGUUUUUUUUUCUUUAAUAUUUCAAAAUAUUUUAACAAAUUAACACAUAAAACAAGUAAAGAUUUUUGUUCUUUGCCAAUGCGGGGUAUUAUGAUAGCCAAGUUCUGAGCAAAAUAUUUGUUUGAUUUUUUACCAUCCCCGCCGUUUUAAUUUCGAUUGUAAUAUAUUAUAUUAUAUUAAUUUGUUUAAUUUCUUGUAUUGCGUAGAUAAAAAAUACUCUUAACAAUUAUUAGCUUGCGCGCACUUUUUAACUUAUUUGUAAACUGAAUUUACGAAGAUAACUAGUAAAUAUAAAAAAUAAAAAAUAAAAAGAAAAAGAAAAAAAAAACAAGUAAAAAUACAUAAAAACGAAAAAUAAGGGAAUAUAUACAUAUAUAUUUAGUUAUAUAUAAAGAAGUAAAAACGAAAUUAACGGGAAUUAAUUCUCAACGCAAUUUCCAAAUGUCCUGUUCCAAUUUGAAACGCGGUUAUUUAAAUUGCUCUUGCAGCAUGAGCCGCCGCAUACAUUUUUAAUGACAUGAAAAACUAAAAAAAAUAUAAAAAUGUUUGCGAAACAAGCAACAAACAUAUAUUGUACUAACAAUUGAAACAUUUAGAAGAAACUUGUGCGUUUAUUUUAAUUAAUUUAAAAUAUUUUCCCAUUAUGGUGAGACUUUUAUUUUUUUGUUCUCCUCUUAACAUAUUAUAAAACAAGAAUACACAUUUACUUUCCUUUUUUAUACAAGAACAUUAAAUAAAAUAUUAAACUUGUGAAACAAUGAAUUGAAAUAUAUAAACGAAAAUGAAACGAAA